AUUGCCGCGCCGUCUGGUCCUCUCUCCUCGGCUUCGACUUCUACGCCGUCUCCGGCAUCCUCCAGCUCCGGUACCCCUGGCUCUACCUCCCAGUCUUCAGGUACGCUUAUUGUACCCUCAUUUAUUUCAACUUACAGCUCAUUUGGCGGUCCUUCGGUUGUCUCUUCUCUUCCCGCCACGUCCUCCGCCAACUUGCCUGUAGUGGUUGGGGGCUCUUGUGGUGGCGCGACCGGAACUGCGUCCUCUACGUUUCCAAACCUCAACAAAGCCGUUGUGGUGGGUCCUGGCUAUGCUCCAGUCCCGUAUAAGCUUGUUUCGAAAAUUACAGCAGGGCUUUUUGUAGACUUGGCUGACCUACUUCCGGACAAUAUCCGAGCUCAAGAAAUCGAAUCCCAGGCGUUUUUGGAGGGAAAACUGGUGGUAUCGGGGUCUAAGAAACGGGUCAUCGAAAUAGCAGACAUCAUCACCUGGACCCGUUUCUCAACGUCGCCUUUACAAUCUUUUCUAUGA